GAAUUGUCAUAUUAUUAUUACGGUGGUACGCAGCAUCCAUGAGCGCAGUGCCUACUACAGCACUACAUGUACAUUACAUACCUUCAUAUAAUCAUUCAUAUAUAGCAGCAGUAGCAGCUCAUCUCGGCAUACCGAGCAAGUGCAGCCGAUACAUCGUAUCCUAUCAGACAUUGAGGUGCAUGUAAAGAGCGAGUGCGACGGAGAAAGAGAGAAAGAGAGAGAAUAUCCGCCGCGCGCCUCAUCCACCUACGCGACUCGUACAUGUCUGCAGCAGUCGAUGUUCGAUUUCAUAGACAACAUCAAUACCUAUAGACGAGGUUGCUCCGUUUAUGUUACUGCCUAGUCAGUAGGCUGCUCCGACCUGCUAGUUCUGUGCACGAUUGCGAACGAAACUUGUGCCGUUUCGUUGAUCGUGCCCGCAUCGAGUUUGAGUGACUCGUAGCAGCAUUAGCAGCAGCGUGUUGUAUACUCGUAUCGCGUCCAAGUGCCCCACGACACCCAGUGCAAGCCGAGUCUGUGUAUACUUGAAAUAUUGCGCGAUUCUAUACGGCUACAUAGAGAGGCUAGCUACGGCCGCAAGAAAGUUGAUUCGACUGUACGUCUAAUGCGCAAGGUGCGGCUGCAGCCUGUAUAUAUAUCAUAAAAAGGAGUGCGUUUAAUCUCAAGACAAGAUGUUGGCACUGAUCAACAGAAUUCUCGACUGGUUCAAGUCGCUUUUCUGGAAGGAGGAGAUGGAACUCACCCUCGUCGGCUUGCAAUACAGUGGCAAGACGACAUUCGUUAACGUCAUCGCGUCUGGAGCUUUCAGUGAAGACAUGAUUCCUACUGUUGGCUUCAAUAUGCGUAAAAUUACAAAGGGUAAUGUCACGAUCAAAGUUUGGGACAUUGGUGGUCAACCAAGAUUUAGAUCAAUGUGGGAACGUUAUUGUAGAGGAGUCAAUGCUAUUGUAUAUAUGGUGGAUGCAGCAGAUCCAGAAAAAAUUGAAGCCAGUAGGAAUGAACUGCAUAAUUUAUUGGAUAAACCUCAAUUGGCAGGCAUACCAGUAUUAGUUUUAGGAAAUAAAAGAGAUUUACCACAUGCUUAUGAUGAAAAUGGACUCAUCGAAAGAAUGAAUCUAUCAGCAAUUCAAGAUCGUGAAAUUUGUUGCUACAGUAUUUCAUGUAAAGAAAAAGACAAUAUUGAUAUUACAUUGCAAUGGCUCAUACAGCAUUCGAAAAGCGGUGCUCGUUAAAAAAUGGAAAAAAUGUGUAGUGUCUUUGAAGAAUCAAUUUUGAAUCAAACAGGUGAGAUGAUUAAAACGACGAAUGAGUUAUUUUAUAUUUUGUGAGAAUGCCAAUGAAAUCGACGAAAGAAUAUUAAUCAUGAUUCCAACUGUGAAUGAAAUUAUUACUCAAGAAAAUCUGCUCUAGCUGGAAACCUUUUACUCAUAAGGUCUAAUAUGUAAAAAAACUUAUGAAAUUUGAAUUUAUAAAAAACAAUAUAGUCAACUCAAUUUAAUGAAAUGUGGUAACUCAGUUGAGGAAUAUUUAAAAAUACAUGUAAUAUUAAUUAUGAAUAAAGUAAAAUUUUAUAUUUUUGUUUAUGAGUACGUAAGUCUAACAAUAACUGGUGUUUUAGUACUGCUUUGAUUUAACAUUAUUAAAUGAAAUAAUCAGUGUAACAUGAAAAUGAAAUGAAUUAUUUAAAAAAAUAGCCGAUAACAGUUAUGGAAUGGAAUUAAGAGGCAUACACAUACCUUGAUCUUGCUGCUAAAUAAAACAUAAAAGUGGAUUCCAUAAACCUUUAUAAGCCAAUACUUCUACAUUUGCAAUUGACCAAACUUGACUAGUUAGCAUUGUUUUUUUUCUAGAAGAGCAAUUGUUGAUUAUUUGAAUUGAAUAUAUAUAACAUUAUAUAAUGAAUUAACAUGCUAUGUAUGAUUAUUUUAAAAAAGCUUGAAUAAAUUAAUUAUAUAUAUUUUGUAAAAAUGUUGAAGUAAAGGUAAUGUAAGGUAGUGUAAAAUGCCUUUAACAGUCUUAACCACGCAUGAAUUUAUAAUGUAUCUGAAUGUUUGUUCAUAUGAUAGAAACAUGUUGCAAAGGAUUAUUUUACGAUCUGCAAAAGUCUUGUGACUGUUGUGUUAUGUAUAUACAUAUAUAUUAUAUAAAUGAAGAAUUCUGUGUACUUCUUUUCUUCUAUGGAAUAGCAAACAAAGUAUCAUGUGGCUGUUUUAUAAUUAUUAAAUGCAUUUUCAUUUAUGAGUACAUGUUUAUUGAUCAGCUAUUAUAAGUUGUGAAUUUCAAUUUUAAUUAAAAUACCAAGAAUUUCACGUU